AUGUUUCAGACAAGUUCUUUAGGCCCAUCAGAAAGUGAAGUGUCAACCUUGUCUCACACAACUGGGGCACAAACUUCAUUUCAAUCAUCAACUUCUACUACAACAAUAGAACCAUCAACAUUCUCCGAGAUACCAAGUAUACCGACUUCUUAUAGAACAUCACCUCACACCCAAACACUUCACACUUCUCAGGAAACUUCAACUCCAUCUGAGACAUUUCCACCAACUGGCCAAUCAGAAGCCCCAACAUCUGCAGAGUCAUCAGCCUCUCCUAUCACAUCCUCUCCAAUCUCUGUGGGUUUAUCAUCUACUGCUUCCCAGACAGAGACGUCUUCCACUGUGUUGGACACGUCACAAUCAGUUCCCUCCAGAGAGACCACACCAAUGGAAGUCACAGGUUCUUCCAGUACAACAAACAGCGAGGCACCAACUUUACCCCGCACAAGCGAGGGAUUGACAUCAGAAUCUUCUGCUUCUUCGGGAACAGUACAGCCCUUAACAUUCUCAGAAACAUUAGGCACAUCUGUAAUUUCACAAACUUCACCUCAUGCUGUAACACUUCAGACUUCUUUUGCAACAGAGCGAUCGCCUGUAUAUGAAACAUCCCAAUCACCUUUAUCAUCAGAGACUACUGCAGAACCAUCAUCCUUCCCUAGCACUUUACACCCAGUCUCUCUGACUACACCGUCCACUACUUAUCUACCCACAGAAGCCUCCAGUACAUUGGAAACAUCACAAACAUCUCUACCAGCAGAGAUUUCAACUAUGAAAGAAACCACUUCUUCUUCUACCACAGAGAGAACAGCCUCCAAUCCUCAUACAACGGAGGCAUCAACCUCAAUGGGAUUAUCUGCUUCUACUACAUCAGUGCCGCCAUCAACCUUUUUGGAAACAACAAGUAUAAGUCUUACUUCUGAAACAUCUGCCGAUGUCCAAACACUGCACACUUCCCCGGCAACAGAAACCUCAUCACCAUCUGAGAUAUCAUCGUCCACUUCAACAUCCGAAGCUUCUACAUCGAGUGUAACUUCUUCACAAACUUUUCCACCAAUUUCUGUGACCUCUUUAUCUACAACAGAGUCUUCCACUGUGAUGGAGACUUCACAAUCAGUUCACUCCCCAAUGUCCACAUCAAUGUUUCAGACAAGUUCUUUAGGCCCAUCAGAAAGUGAAGUGUCAACCUUGUCUCACACAACUGGGGCACAAACUUCAUUUCAUUCAUCAACUUCUACUACAAAAAUAGAAUCAUCAACAUUCUCCAAGAUACCAAGUGUACCGACAUCUUAUAGAACAUCACCUCACACCCAAACACUUCACACUUCUCAGGAAACGGAAACUCCAUCUGAGACAUUUCCACCAACUGGCCAAUCAGAAGCUCCAACAUCUGCAGAGUCAUCAGCCUCUCCUAUCACAUCCUCUCCAAUCUCUGUGAGUUUAUCAUCUACUGCUUCCCAGACAGAGACGUCUUCCACUGUGUUGGACACGUCACAAUCAGUUCCCUCCAGAGAGACCACACCAAUGGAAGUCACAGGUUCUUCCAGUACAACAAACAGCGAGGCACCAACUUUACCCCGCACAAGCGAAGGAUUGACAUCACAAUCUUCUGCUUCUUCUGGAACAGAACAGCCCUCAACAUUCUCAGAAACAACAAGUACAUCUGUAAUUUCACAAACAUCUCCUCAUUCUAAAACACCAGACAUUUCCCCAAUGACAGAAUCCUCAUCACCAUCUGAGAUUUCAUUGUCAACUUCAGAAGUUUCUGCAUCAACAAAAUCUGUAAUUUCUUCCAGUACAUUACUUCCAGUUCCAAUUAGCUCCUUCCCUACAACAGAGUCUUCCACUGUGAUGGAGACUUCACAACCAGUUCACUCAUCAAUGGCUCAAACAAGUUCUUUGACUACAGCAGAAGUUGAGGUUCCAACUCCAUCUUACACAACCGAGGCACCAACCUCACAUGAGUCUUCUACUUCUCCUGGAACAGAACAACCAUCAACAUUCUCAGAAAUAUCAAGGACUUCUUUCAUCUCACAAACCUCACCUCAUUCUGUAACAUUGCAUACUUCCUCUGCAACAGAAACCUCACCUUCAUCUGAAACUUCCCAGUCACCUGUAUCACCAGAGACUGCUACAUCACCUGAAUCAGUAUCCUUCCCUAGCACAUCGCACCCAAUUUCUUCUACAACACCGUCCACUAUUUAUCUACCCACAGAAGCCUCCAGUACAUUGGAAACAUCACAAACAUCUCUACCAACAGAGAUUUCAACUAUGAAAGAAACAGCUUCUUCUUCUACCACAGCGAGAACAGCCUCAAAUCCUCAUACAACGGAGGCAUCAACCUCAUUGGGAUUAUCUGAUUCUACUACAUCAGUGCCGCCAUCAACCUUCUUGGAAACAACAAGUAUAAGUCUUACUUCUGAAACAUCUGCCCAUGUCCAAACACUGCACACUUCCCCAGCAACAGAAACCUCAUCACCAUCUGAGAUAUCAUCGUCCACUUCAACAUCAGAAGCUUUUACAUCGAGAGUAACUUCUUCACAAACUUUUCCUCCAAUUUCUGUGACCUCUUUAUCUACAACAGAGUCUUCCACUGUGAUGGAGACUUCACAAUCAGUUCACUCGCCAAUGUCCACAUCAAUGUUUCAGACAAGUUCUUUAGGCCCAUCAGAAAGUGAAGUGUCAACCUUGUCUCACACAACUGGGGCACAAGCUUCAUUUCAAUCAUCAACUUCUACUGCAACAAUAGAACCAUCAACAUUCUCCGAGAUACCAAGUACACCAACUUCUUAUAGAACAUCACCUCACACCCAAACACUUCACACUUCUCAGGAAACUUCAACUCCAUCUGAGACAUUUCUACCAACUGGCCAAUCAGAAGCUCCAACAUCUGCAGAGUCAUCAGCCUCUCCUAUCACAUCCUCUCCGAUCUCUGUGACAGCUUCAAAUCCUCAUACAAUGGAGGCCUCAACCUCAUUGGAGUCACUGACUUCUACUACAUCAGGACAGCCAUCAACAUCCUCUCCAGUCUCUGUGAGUUUAUCAUCUACUGCUUCCCAGACAGAGACUUCUUCCACUGUGUUGGACACGUCACAAUCAGUUCCCUCCAGAGAGACCACACCAAUGGAAGUCAUAGGUUCUUCUAAUGAGCCAUCAACUCUUUCAGAAGCUUCACCAUCAAGAACAUUCUCAUCAUCAUCAACAACAAAAUCCUCAGCUGUGUUUGAAACAUCUCCAUCUGUUCUUUUAACAACGAAGGAAACUCAUGUUUCUGGUUCAGUUACAAGUAUAACUUCUCUUCCAUCCAAACCAUUAUCUACAUCCAUGUCAUCAACUUUUACUGCAACCGUACAACCAUCAACAUUCUCAGAAAAAUCACCGACCUCUUUGAAUUUGCAAACGUCUCCACUUUACACUUCCACAGUAAAAGAAACAACAUUAUCUCAAACAUCAAUCACAGUUCCAGCAUCAGAAACUUCCAGAGCAACAGAAUCUGGAACAUCUUCCCAAGUUGUAGAUACGUCUCCUCUUCAGAUUACAACACAUGGGAAGACGAGUACAUUCCGAUCAUCGUCAAAAACUACGCCUUCGACUUCUUCAAUAACCAAGACCACCGUAAUGCAGUGUUCUGAGUUUGUGUUCGGAGAUAACUGUGAAGAUGGAAUGAACCACGUCGAUGUCACAAUAGACAAAAACAGGGCGCCAUCAAAGAGUAUAAAUGUGCUGGUAUCAUUGGAUAGAACGUUUACUCCGCAACUGGAAGAUAAGACGUCCCCGGAGUACUCCAGUCUGUCCGCGGCAGUUACUCAGGCUUUCAGUGGAAAAUACAGGAAGGUGGCUCCAAAAUACUACGCGAGGAUGGUAGUCCAUGGAUUCAGUAAAGGGAGCACCGUAGUGAACACCUCCGGGAUCUACAGUUACCCCAAUAAUCAGACGGGGAUCAAUUAUAUCAACUACAAUCUGACCGAUGAUGUUUUAAAAGAAUUUUCUAAUAUCGACCAGACAGACCUGAACGCCACGGCGACCGUCCUGAAUGCGACUUCCGAGUCUUCUCCUGUAUUGGGUGAGCUUUAUUAUUCCUCAUUGCUCAAUGGAAAGUGUAUAUAA